AUGACCUACCCAAUUCUUCCCCAACAGCCUUCUUCACAAUCUGGCAACAUGCCGUCUCUCAACUGCGACGCAAGCAAAGUACAAGACCGACGAAAGACAACAGUGCACUCUCCCCCUCUCAGGCCCAAUCUUCCCGAUUUUACACGCGUCGCUACUGCGGCCCACACUGCUUCCAUCCUCGCCAGACCUCCUCCCCCUACUGUUCUCGGCCGCCCUGGCACCCGCGAGUUCUCCUUCGCUCCCCUGCCUUAUACCGAUGCCGACCUGCCCUUGCCAAAACCUUACAACGCCAACUAUCCUCAUCCCAUCACUGCUUACGCUUCUCCCGGUACCAACCCCGAGGCGGUCAGGUGCUCUGGUUACGGAGAGAUCUUGGACAAGAUGGUAAAAAACGAUAUCCGACUCGCUUUGGGAGAUAUUCUGUAUGAGGCGGGCUUUAGGGACCUCGACAACUCGGUGUAUCUGCUCUUCUCUUACGAGAGCACGGGGCAGGGGAACGGGAUCCCCGAGAGUCUUUGGAGCAAGUUUGAGAAUGUCAACAACGUCAGGCUUCCUACAGCUGCGGCUGUUACUGCUUCGGUGGCUUCGGCGGCUUUGCAAGAGCAGCAACACUAUCGACAGCCUGCUCUCCCUCCUCGAUUCUCCCGACAAUCACUCUCGGCGUCUAGCGAUGAGUCUCAUCUCGAGACCCCCUUCGAGUCAUACCGCCAGAGGCCGGUCGUACCUGCGCCUCCUCAUUCUCAUUCUCAGGCUCAUCAUCAGUCAGAUGUGAGGGAAGAGAUGGAUGCCUGGAAGACAGAAAUUUGUGUAGCAUGGGAGACUAGCGGUGGAUAUUGCAAGUACGGCGCAGGUUGUCAAUUUGCGCACGGCAUCGAGGAUCUCAAACUCGACCGCCAUCAACUCGCACUCCGCGGCCUCAUUACCCCCACCCCGGCUUUCGACGCUGCUCAAAGGUCCAACCCCGACGUGCUCGCACCUACCAGCUCGUCUCGCAGAGGGUCCUUGUCACCAUACCCCAACUUCAGCAUGAACCGCUCUAUCCCUACGCCUCAGGCUCACUCAUCAUCGUUCCCCUCCUCCACUGGCGCAGACAGACGCUUGUCCGUUCCUCACACCCACUCUCAGCACGGCGUGUUGACACCAGAAGAGUGCGCACUUUUCACCGGCGUGGGUUACAGGCGUCAGUCAGAGGUGUUGCUAGAAAAGGGUGUCGGAGGGGUGAUAGCGCCGAUUGGGGUGGAGAGGGUUCAUGCGAGUCAGAGGGGGGCCUUCGAAGGGAACUAUGUGUUUCCCGUGGAAGCCGAUCCCCUCAUGAAUGUCGGGGUAGAGGACGACUUUACAUUCCACCUCGUCAACCCUUGUGCUUCUUAUGACUCUUACAAGCAGUCCCCGACAUCAUUCCAAUCCUCUUUGAAGCCAUUUUCAUUCCACCCCACUUCGGCCUCUUCAUCCUUCGCCAAACCCCGUACUUCCAACCUCAGCCUCAACACCAUCGUCAGCGCUCCCAUGUCGUCCUCGGGUUCAUCGAGAUCGGCAUGCUCAGGCUCGCGUUUCUCCGUCUACUCUUCAUCUGCUCUGAGCGAUCAUUCGCCCGCGACGACGCCGAUGGGGAUGGGUACAAAAGACUACCUGUUUACGCCUACGAUGGAGGAGGACUAUGAGCCUAUUGUUCUUUUUGGUGGCAAUGAGGGAAGCUUUGGGAAUGGGAGCACCUCGAGUGCGAUUGGGGCCGGGCUGGGGUUGGGGUUGAAGGAGAAGAGUUCGACGACGUUUGAGUUUUCGAGUGGCAAGUCUAUCUGGUGA